AAUACUAGUAAACCACACAGCAUCUUAACCCACACUACUAGUCAAACGAGCCUCAUCGUCGCAGUAACGGCGGGCACCAGGAUGCACCCUGCCCACCCAUCGGCGGUGAGGCGCCAACGCAUCCCAGCCUCGCCAAUUACCUGAGUCGUAGCUCCGGUGCGCUCCACCAGCCACUGCACCCCAACCACGAGCCCGCAACCACACUUUCCCACAAGCUUGUCCGCGGUGCUUCUUUCUGCACCUGCUCCGAACCAAAUUAUUCUUCGACAUUGACAUUGACAUUGACAUUGAUUGACGUUGAUAAUGUACCUACCACACCUACUGUCCCUCCCACCCGCCAUCAUCGCCCUCUGCGCAACACCCGUACUCGCCGAAUCACCACCGCAAUGGCCACACAACGUACCCAAACACCUGAAAUACUUUCCUGAAGACGAGGAACAUGUGAAGCGGGGGUUGAGCGUCAAGCAGAGGCUGCAACAUGAGAAGCCAGUCGGAGUGAAGAAGAUGAGCUUGGAUGAGGGCGAGAUGUUCAUGCUGGAUAGUUGGAUAUUCGCCGCAGAUACCCCGUCACCACAAUCGUCCAAGAGAACGGACUAUGAUGUCUUCGGCAAUACGACGUCGCAGGCUCUUUCGCCACUACGUCCACUCGCUCAAUCCGACUGGCUGGCGCGCAUGCACAUUAGAGAUAUACUGUUGAAUCGCCAGUUCAAGUGUCCAGAUGGAACGACGAGCUGUGAGAGCAUUGGCGCGCCGGAUGUGUGUUGUGGCACGGGAAGCACUUGUAUAAGUGUCUCUGGAAGCUCAAGCGCAGGCGACGUGGGAUGUUGUCCUCAGGGCCAGACUUGCGCGGGCAGUGUGAGCUGCGAUGAGGCGAGUGGAUAUACGAGUUGUCCUGAUGCGCAGAACGGAGGAUGCUGUUUGCCUGGCUUCAAGUGUCAGGGUAUUGGAUGUGUCGCAGAAUUCACAUCAACAGCCUACAUCCAACCCUCAACCUCCGCGACUCCUACCUCAACAUCAACUUCCACAACCGCUGCCGUCAUCCCACCCACCACCUCCACAACUAGCAGCAUCCCCUUACCAACCUCAACAUCAACUUCCCGCUCCGCCUACACCUGCUCAACAGGCUGGUUCUCGUGCCCCGCCUCCCUCGGCGGCGGCUGCUGCAUGAACGGCCGCACCUGCGCAACCGGCGCAUCCUGUCUCGGCGACGACGACAACCCAUCCAGCACCCGCGCACCCGACGCCCCCGUCCGCCCCACCAGCGCCGCCGUAACAACCACCGAUGCCGCGUCUCCCAGCGACAACGUCUGCCCCGCUGGCUUCUACGUCUGCAGCGCGUACUACCCCUCUGGCUGUUGCCGCGUUGGCCGCGAUUGCCAGACCACAGGGUCUUGUGCGCUACCGGAAACGGAUACUAUUGUGAACACCAACGGUGUUGUUAUCGUUGCGCCUACGGGUGCGGGGGAGAGCGGGGGAAGUUGUCCCAGUGCGUGGUAUAGCUGUGCGGCGGAUGCAGGCGGGAACUGCUGUCCUAAUGGGUAUGCGUGUGGUGAGCAGUGUACGGCGACUGCGAGUGGGCAGUCAGGGGUUGAGGAUAAGGUGCAGCCGAGUAGUAGCAAAGCGAGCUUUGCAGGUGUUUGGAGCAUAUGGGGCAUGUUGUUGGGGGCUGUCGGUUGUGGAGUGGGUAUGGUUGUGCUGUAGGGGGUGUUGACACGGGAUGAUACGGAAUGGGUUAUGUGGAUAUGAUUGGAAUGAUGAAGUGUAUGUAUAUAUUGAGAAGUAUGAUUGCGAUGUACUGGUAGAUCGACUUCUAUAGACUAUCGAUUCUCUAAAUCGCGUAACUUGCUAUCAUGGGACAACCAAUGGGAUUG